AUGAAAAAAAAGAAAGUGGUUAAUGCUAAGCAGAAUUAUGUUGAUUCUAAUAAUAAAAGGGAAGAUAAUUUAUCAGAAAGUUUUACAUUUCAAAAAUGGGAUUAUGAGAAUCUAGAAGAUAUAUUAGAUAAAAUUAAUGAAAAUUGUAAUGAAAUAUAUAAAAAAAGUGUCGAAUUUAGCAUAGGAUCUGAUACAUUAUCUUUACAAAAUAAUUGUGAUGAACAAUCAUCAAAUUUAUUAUCAUCAAAUGAAUUUUACUUGUCAACUAAUUCUUCAGAUUCAAGAGAAUCUAGUGAUAAUACAUAUGAAGAAAUAGAUAAUUUUUGUUUAAGUGAUAUAUUAUCAAUUCAUGAAAAUUAUGAAAAUAAUAGUAAGCAUUUUUCUGAAAAUUAUAUGAGUAAUCCUAGUAUAAAUGAAAGUAUUCAUUUAAGUUAUAUGAGUGAUGAGAGUUCCAUUAUACUAUCAAAAGAUAACAUAAAUCAACCAAAAAAUAAAGAAAUAAAAAUAUAUGGCAAUUGCUUAAGUAUAUUUUCUUUAAAUGCAUAUUUAUACAAUGAUGUUUAUCGAUAUAAUCCUCACUUAUAUGGGAUUUACGAGAAAUGCAGAAAUAAUGAGAAUAGAUGUAAAAACAUUGCAUUUUUAUGCUCUCAGUUUGAUUUAAUAUUUUUAAGAUCAGUUUAUGGAAAAUAUCAAAGAAUAUUAUAUGAUAAAUUAAAAUAUACACAUACCAUAUUAUUAGAUAAUGCUCCUCUAUCAAUUAACUUUUUAAAUGAUAUUUUUUACACAUUUCAAAAUUACUUUAGUGGAAACGGUGGAUUAUAUAUCUGUUGGGCGAAGAAAUUAUUUCGUUUAUCAUAUUAUGAUUUUAUGUUCUUAUCAUCUGAUAUCUUACUUAAAAGAAAAGUUAUAAAAAUUAUAAAAUUAAUCUAUAAAGAGAAGUAUAAUUUAUAUUUUUUGCAUUGUGAAUUUGAUUUAUACAGUAUUCAGAAUAAAUUAAGUAAUUUAAAUGAUUUAAUUGCAUUAAUUAAGAAAACUUUAUGGAAAAUAUAUAUAUUUUAUUUGUUUUAUAAAAACAAAAAGUUUUUAAAAAGGAAAGAAGAAACUAAUUAUGAAAAUAAUGUAUUUUAUGAUAAUAUAGAUAAAUAUAAAGCAAUAGAAAAAAUAAAUAAUAGAAGAAAAGAAAAUUGUAGUGGCAGUGAAAGAGACACUAUCAACAAUAACAACAGAAAUGAUAAUACCAUUAAAAACAAAGAUAAUAAUAUGUCAAUUAUGAUUUUUAAAAAUAGUUCAAUGUUCAUUAUUGGUAGUUUUAAUAUAGAUGCAAAUGAAAAUAAAGAAUUAUAUGAAAAACUCACAACACUAAAUAAUCAUGGAAAAAUAAAAGAUAUGUUUUUUUAUAUGAAUAUCAACUACAAGUUACAAAAAACAUACAAUAUAGUUGAAAGAGAAAACACUUUAGUUAGUGGAUUAAAUUAUUGCUUUGGAUUAACAGAUAAUAUAUUUUUAGUAGAAUCAUUUUUUUUAAAAAAAGAAGAUAUUGACGAAUUAAUUUAUUUAUAUAAUCCCAUAGAUAUAGUAAAUGAAAAAUUAAGCAAUUUAAAUAAAUCAAUAAGUAAUUAUAAUUUAGAAAAUUUUACUAAAUUAAUUAAUAAAAAUGGAAUUUUAAUUAAAUUUCAAGAUGUAUUCAAUUACGGCGUAGACAUAUUAACUCAAAAAAAAAAUAAAGAAUUUAGUGAUCAUUGGAUAUUGUCAGCUCGAUUUCAUUUGAAAAACUGUGGCAAAAAUAUUAAUUUAAAUAUAGAAAAACAGUUACAUAACUUUUUAAGAAAUGUUGAUAAAUAUUUUAUUUUGAAUAAGAAACGUUAUGAUCAAUUAUGUGAAGUAAAUUCUAUUUUCAAAAAUAAAAAAACAGAAUAUAAAAAUGAAAGUAUAAAAAUUGAGAAAUAUAAUUAUUUUAAAAAAUGUAUUAUAUCAAGUGAAAACAUUAAUUGUAUUAAUAAAAUGGAAAAAAAAUUAUACGAUACAUUAUUAAGAUGCUUUGAAAUAAACUGA